CAUAUAGAUCGUCCCCUCUCUCUAUACUGGUGCUUCGAGGAUCUAUCUCACCAUUCCUAGCCUGGUAUCGCCAGGACCGUUCGGGAACAAGCCCCCACCGGUUCAACCCACGCAUUGCACAAUCGUCUUCCUGCGAAUCAGUCCGAUCAUCACUCUCGAUUCGCAGGUAUCAAAUUUGAUCCCUUGCAACCCCAAUCUCAAGACCCCGUGUGGAGCGGGAAACAAGCAUCAUGUCGUCACUCAAGGAAUGGAGGGUCCAAAUACAAGACGCCUUGGAUGACUUUCCGCCCAGCAUCGUCGAGAGUGUGAGGGAUCACCUCGAGGGAUUGGACGAAACGGACCGCCACGGGGUGGGUGACAUGCUCAAGGAUCUUUCCGCAACGGGAACACCGCCGAUGUUCGGACAGUUAUUCCUGGUCGCGAUGCUUUCGUCUGUAGUCGAGAGGUCCUGGGAACUAUCGCGGCUCAUGAAGGAACACGCACAGGACAUUUACGACUCCAGUCCUCUCCCCGGUGACGACGAACUUCGGCGCAUAAAGGAUUCCACGAUAGAAGAAGUCGUAUAUCUAUACGCCUCUGGUCCUAGCGUCCGGCCAAAAGAGAUGGAGUCCCUUGACCAAGCAGACUGUCCGAUCACGGCUUUCCUCCUCGAAGCUAGUCGUCGUGCAGCUCCUCCGCUGGAUCACGUCGAUUGGGCUUUUCAGGACGAAUUCGUCGGCGGGGUCGUCGAUGACCUAGAUGACCAUCUGACCGAGCAGCGACCGUAUGACCACGUCCCGGUCUUUGCGGUCCUACAGUCGUCCGGGACGGGCAAGACGAGAGCGGUCAUGCAGCUCUGUCAUAAGCGACUCGGCCUGUAUACUUGCAUCAGGCACAAUCCGAUCAUGGCGAGAGGAAACAGCACGAGUGCGGAACUACGCAAGUCCGCACCGAGUCAAGAUCAAGAGGUAUAUGAGCACCUCGUUCCGGAGAGGGUGAGGACUCGGCAUCGUCAUCGUGAUGCCGACAACGACGACGAUGAGGGCUUCGAGAAUACAGGCCAAGCUCUGAUAGCCGUGGCCAGCUGGCUUUGGGCUUUCGCCACCGAAUUUGCCGGUUUCAUCAAGGAGCAAAACCCCGAGCUGGAUGAUUGCUGGGCGAGCUUUGUACAGAGGACAUCCGCUGUGCUCAUGAACGACAUCACCCCAGGAUUCCGGCUGAGACCGGAGUCUGCGGGUACUAAGCCUUUGACAAGAGGAAGGUCUCCCCGCGACACUCUACUGCGACGAAUUCAACAGUCGGCCUCGAGACAGCGUCUCGUACUAGACGACUUGAGCAGAUCAACCGGCGAGGAACUGAAUCGUGCACUCGCAGAGACCCUUCGAGAACCUUUCGAGGUUCUGCAGGACUUGAUCAAAGACGAGUACUGUUUUCUUGCAAUCGACGAGGCGAUCAGCAUGACCAAGACGCGUUUGACAGCGCUGCGAAGACUGUUGUUUUUUUAUCCGAUCCCGAAAUUUCGAGUCCUGCUCUUGGAUACCAACCACAAGGUCGUCGAGCUCACCGAUAUCGAGGACCCCAGCAGCUUCGGAAGGACUGACCUGCGAACAGCGCCGCAUAAACUGAUCUUGCCGCCGCCCUUCACCGCCAUGCCUCAAGACGUCUUUUUGUUACAGCAACCGCAGUCGAGGGAUUACAACCAGAUCCUCACAGGGGAGAAGACAGCAACUUUUGAAGACUUACACAAUAACCUCAGUCUUAUGGGAAGGCCACUUCUCAACGACCCAUAUUACGCGUGGGGGCUCGACCUCGAUGGACCCGGCGCGUUCCGGAGGACGACGCCGUUGCUCUUCUACAGACUUACCGGGUACGACUUGGUAUUAUUAUCAACCUCGGAUCUGAAGAAGGUACCGGCCAACGUGAUCAUCGCUGCUGCGAGUCAAAGGUUGCCGUUGGAUUUCACCGGCAUGAAGGAUACACAAUCUGCAAUGCAAUCUAUCAAGAAGCAGGUAUCUCACCAUAUGCGGACCAUCCACUCUAUCGAGACGGUCGGAGGUGAAAUUCAAACAGGUGUUCCGUCCGAACCGUUACUCAGCCUCGCCGUCGCGCGUGAGUUCCGCGAGGAACCCGACUUUUGGUGGAGCCACGUCGUCAACGCCGUGGUGAACGACAUGGACACCCACCGAUUGCACCACAGUAGGAAUGGCGAGGAGCUUGCCCGAUUAUUGAUGUCAUAUGCCAUGGACAAGAGCGUCAAGAAUGCAAAGCCGAAGGUCGAUGGGGUCAAGCAAAAAAACGCAAGCACUUUCGUCAAGGUGACCGACUUUCUGCAAGAACUCUUAGGCCCGACGGAGUGGUCGAACGACUUGCUUGAGUGGGCAGAUACGCACUGGUUGAACUUUACCCACUAUGCUAGACUCGCGGAACGAUUCACAUUGGACGAUGUCGCCCCGCCUACCCUCCUCCCGCAGGCUUGGACCCGCCAGGCGGCGCUCUUGGGAACCGUUGACCAGCAGGACGUUGACUGUGUUAUCCCGGUCUACUUCUCUGCUACGUCACCGACGGGCAACUUCAGGCCAGAUCAAGUCGAUGUGAUAGCGGUUCAAGUGAAGAACCGCCUAUCUCAAUCCGUAGGAGAUGACAAGAUUACCAAGAACCGCUACACAUGUUUCGUCAGAGAAAACGCCGACACAGGAAGGAUCCGUGGAUUCAACCUUUAUCUCGACCUUACAGCCGAAUCGGGCGCGACGGCCGACAUGACACCUCGUGGUGGUAGCCCGUGUGUUCUCGUCAAGGGAGCGGGUCCAGAUCAGUUCCCUCUGUUGGGUAAUUUCAGCGUUGAAGUUGUGGAGAAGAUAGCAAUCCUCGUUGGUCAAUCUCGUAAGAAGACAAAGUAUCCUGUUGGUUCACCUAUGGAUCUCCUUACUGCGGAUGGUGCGCUCUGGAUCGCACGGGCUGGCAUGGAUCCACUCUUGGGGACCGGACAAGUUAACGGAAAAAAGAGAAAGCAUGUUGACGAGGACACGGACGCUCCGCCCGAGCUCAGAUUACCGGACGCGGAUGUCGGAAAGGGCAAGAAACCAGCCAGAUAAACCACACAUAUACCGUGAGACUCGGUGAAGCCGCCUUCCCUAACAUCACUGCUAUAAGAAAAUCGCCAGGGCUCGUCUCUCCUUCUGUCCAGCCAGCGACCGCUUCUUCAUCUUCGUCGCAUCCUAUCAACGCGUUCAUUUUAGGCGCGGCGACAUAUAUAUAUUGGCCUGGAGUAAGUUCUUUUGCGUGCAGCGGUGUCGUCUCGAUACGUCACUCGAGCCCGACCGGGCGAUUUUUACGCACCGCCGAGGGAUCUUUCGAAACAACGGCAUUCUAUCCACGGCAGCAGCCGUCUAGUUCUGACAAGGCGCUUUAACGAUCCUGAAACGGAUCACGCUGUCGCUGAA